UUCGGCAGUUUUGUUUCUGGCUCUCGUGCGUGAAGUAACGUCGUUCGUAAAUUGUGAUACUAUCCAGAGUGUGAAUCGAAGCACGCGUGUCGAUUUUUUCAUGCGAAAGUGCUCAGAAAGAUGCUGAAAGGAAAUAGUAAAAAUAACGCAGCGAGAAUGCUGGAGAACGAAUGCAAGGUCGAAUUGCAGGAAUCAAAAAAACUGCUGGAAUCCGAGAAGUUAUGGGAUUCAAAAUUGUAUAUCCAAUUUAACGAUCUUUGUUACUCAAUUCGCAACCGCAAAGGAACUGCGAAAACACUCUUACAUAAUGUAACGGGGCAUUUUGAACCGGAGAAGAUCACAGUGAUAAUUGGUCCUUCUGGUGCAGGAAAAACUACACUAAUGAAAAUCAUAUCGGGGAAACGAUCAAUGAAUAUUAAAGGUACUCUCACUGUGAACAACGAUGAAUGGAAUAAAGGAAUGUUCCGUAAACACGUGUGCUACGUACCGCAGCAAUUUGAUUUAUUGCCGUACCUUACAACGAGAGAAACACUCUGCAUAGCGGCUCGACUAAGACUCGAUGUUAAUCAGAGUAAACAAGAAAUUAAUUUAGUUGUGGACGAUAUUGCGGAGAAAUUCAACUUGUCCAAUUGUUUAGACACAAUGGCAAACAAAUUAAGUGGUGGCGAACAAAAGAGAUUGUUUAUUGGUGUACAAAUAAUCGCCAAGUCAUCAGUUUUUUUAUUAGAUGAGCCAACAAGCGGUCUUGACAGUACCGCAUCUUAUCAGCUAUUUAGCAUAUUGCACAAUAUGGCAAAAGCAAACUGCACUAUAGUUUGCGCGAUACAUCAACCUAGUAGUCGUAUGAUUACGCUUUUCGAUGACAUCAUGAUACUCAAUCGAGGCAGAUGUUUGUACUGCGGCCCAAAGAGCGAGAUCUUAAGCACAUUCAACAUUGCCGGAUUCACGUGUCCCAACUUCUAUAACAUAGCUGAAUUUGUUCUCGAGGUGGUAACCGAACAGAAGGAUGAAGAUUUAGAAAAUUUAUACAAGAUAUGGCGUGAUGAGUACGAAAAAUUCAAAUCGCACAGCGAAUAUAAAAAUGAACUGAAUUCAAUUGAUAACAAACAGAAUUUUGAAACAGAAAAUAGAGUUACAACCAUAAAAAGCUUAUUACAAGAAAAAUCUACAUGGCAACAGCAAAAGAUUUUAUUUUCGCGAGCUUUAAUCUGUAUCAUGCGAGAUAAUAUUUUUACAAAAUUAAGAUUUGCGACGCACAUCCUAGUUGGGCUUCUAUUCGGGGCAAUAUUCUACAAUUUCGGUGACGAUGCAGAAAAAGUACUUAGUAACAUUGCUUGCUUAUUUAUCAUGCCAAUGUUUUUAUUUUGUAUAAAUGCCGUACAGUCGGUGCAUAUGAUUCCCAAGGAAGCGGCAGUGUUCCUACAGGAACAUUUAAAUAAUUGGUACUCUUUCAGAGCCUACUACAGCGUAAGAGUGAUAUCGGAUAUCCCGAUGCAAAUACUUUGUACCUCAUCUUUCUUUUUAAUAUCAUAUUAUAUGACGGGGCAGCCAAUGGAAUUCCAUAGAAUUAUACAGGCAUGGAUCAUUUGUCUGUUAACUAUAAUUCUUGGACAAACAUUCGGGAUAUUUAUAGGCACAGUUUUUGGCGUUAAGUUAGGUGUAUAUAUGAUAAUGGCAAUUAAUAUACCAUUAUUGAUGCUCGCUGGAUUUUUCGUGAAAAUAGCAGAAUUGCCAGUGUACAUACAACCUUUAAGUUUCAUAAGCUGCUACAGAUACAUAUUUACUGGAUUAUUGCAGACAGUCUACCUUGACCGACCUGAUUUGUCGUGCCCUAAAAUUUACUGUUAUUUUAGUUCAACAAAAAAAAUUCUUUCGACAAUGGACCUUCUAGAAUUGCCAUUUUAUGUACUUCUGAUAAUACUUAUCUUUUGGAUACUUUUUUAUCAUGUACUCGUCUAUGUAGUAUUCUGUUGGAAAAUUUAUGUAAAAAAGUGACCUAUCAUAGGCCCAAGAUAUUCUUAUAUUUAUGUAAUACGCACAAGAUUUUUGUGCACUUUAUUCUUAUAUCGCGAGGGGUUGGUCACUAGCGGUUAGGUGUACAAAAAUUACCUUUAACACGGAUUAUCUUUAAAUUACCUUGGAUUACUUAAGAUUACCCAAUACUACCUCAGAUUACACAAUACUACUUCAAAUUACCCAAU